AUCUGAUUAUCAAUGCAUUAAUACUACUAAACCUAAUUCAGAAAUUUGCUACAGCUAUUGGGUACUUUCGACUUUGGAAAGAAGGAUUACAGGAACUUUGUACCAAAACAGUCCUUUCGCUUUUAGGUCAGUGUCUUAUUGUGUAGAUCUGUCUCAAGGUAUAACUGCUAUCGUUAACCCCGUAUCCGACUUAAAAUAGGCUUUGUGCCACCACCAUUUAACCCAUGAUUCCGAGUAUUCAAUAUUAAUUCCCUCCCAUCAAGUAUUUAAAAACCAUAUCCACCCACGAUAUUGAACAAGCAUAACCUUUUUUCUGCAAGAUUUCAGUCUUAUUUUCUUUUAUAUCCUAAUUUUCACACCAAGAAUUUAGAAACAAGUAAUGAUUAACAAUGGCGCUGGCCUGGUACAAGUUAUUUUAUCUUUUUUCUUGGUUAGUUAGUAGUUGGAAAAAAAGAGGAAUAAAAGCAUGGUGUCUUUCAUGGUCCAACGCAGAGCUCGCUAUCAGUUAAAAACUUAUUUGUGCUGCCAAGUCUUCUCUCAUCCGCUUAAAGAAAACAAAUUAACAAAAUAAACAACCAAACAAACAAGGACAUGAAACUUUCCUUCUUCUUCAGACACCCCUGCACGUCCUUCCCUUACUUGCUUCCAACUAUCUUUCUCCCCCUUCACACACACCAUUUUAUCACCUACGAUUUCCUCCGAAUCGCACGUCCCCUUCCCUCUUCCCAAAACCAUCAGUUUCUUUUAUUUCCUUUUCUUGUACAAGCCUGCUUUUGGCAAGGCUCACAAAUGUCCGCUUCUCCUCUCCCUCCACGACCACCCACUUGUUGGCUUUACCAUUUCUGAUCACCUUUCCCUCAAUAUUAUGAAAGGAAAUACCUGUACCCUUUUCCUUAUCUUACUCAUUUUCUUUCUUCUAGACUUUACUUCCGCGAAAAAUGAUCUUGCAUAUUCCCCUCCUGAUGACUUUCUGAUUGAUUGCGGAUCAUCGCAGGAUACCACUCUUGAUGAUGGCCGAACCUUCAAAUCUGAUUCUUCAUCUCGGAGUUAUCUUGAAACUAAUGAAGAGGUACAAGUUUCAGUUGAUUCUGUUCUUGUAAAUGCAACUUAUAGUUCUUCUUCUCCUUCGUCUGCGCUUCCUCUUUAUCGAACUGCAAGGAUUUUAACUUCUGAUUCAAAAUAUAUUCUUCAUAUUUCUCAUCCAGGGUGGCAUUGGGUUCGUCUUUACUUCUACCCGCUUCCGCACCCCAAAUUUGAUCUUACUAAUGCUGUUUUCAGCAUUGCAGCUGACGAAUUUGUUCUUUUACAUGAGUUCUCUGUAAGAGAUAAUACCUCAGUAGUUUUCAAGGAAUACCUUUUCAAUCUUACAAGUGAAAGAUUUUCUCUUAUUUUCAAGCCCAUCAAGAAUUCUUUCGCAUUCAUCAAUGCUAUUGAGGUUGUUUCUGCACCUGAAAGCCUUAUUUCUGAUUCCGUAUCCACCGUUCCUCAGGGAGGAACUUUUAGUGGUUUGUGUAAUUAUGCUUUUGAGGUGUCUUAUCGGUUGAAUGUUGGCGGCACAAUCAUAACUCCAAAGAAUGAUACAUUAUCAAGAACAUGGCUUCCUGAUGCACUGUAUAAUACAUUUCCACUAGGAGCUCAGAAUGUAUCAGUUCCUUCCAGUUCUGUCAAAUACCAGAAGGAUGGGGCCAGCCCUUAUAUUGCUCCACCUUGGGUUUAUGCUACUGCAGAUCAGAUGGCAGAUUCUGAAACAAUGUUGCCGAGUUUCAAUCUCACUUGGGAGAUGAGGGUCGAUACAGGAUUUUCCUAUUUGAUCAGAAUGCACUUCUGUGACAUCGUGAGCAAGUCUCUUAAUGACUUAUACUUCAAUGUGUAUAUAAAUGGUAUGAUGGGUGUGUCAGGGCUUGAUCUUUCAUCCAUCACCAAUGCCCUUUCAACAGCUUAUUUUGCGGAUUUUGUGCUCAAUGCCUCAUCCAUCACCAAUAGUUCUAUCAAGGUUCAGGUUGGCACUGCUUCCGGUAUAGAGUCAGGAUUGGCAAACGCUAUUCUCAAUGGAUUGGAGAUCAUAAAGAUGAGCAACAAAGUAGGGAGCUUGAAUGGCUUUUUUGGUGCUGAUGGUUCAAAUGGAGUAAGCAUAAUGAAGAUCGCUGCAGGUAUUGGACUCGCAAUGGGGCUGACAGCAAUGUUGCUUCUCGCAAUAAUUUUUAUCCGAUGGCAGAAGAGGCCUCAAGAUUGGCAGAAACGGAACAGCUUUUCUUCGUGGCUUCUUCCUCUCCAGGGCACCUAUAACUCUACAUUCUUGUCAAGCAAGAGCAGCUCCAGGAGAUCUAGCAUGUUUGGUUCACGGAAGAGUAAGAGUGGCUACUCAGGUUAUUUCUCUAAUCAAGGUUUUGGCAGGUACUUCACUUUCAGUGAAUUGCAGAAUGCCACACAAAAUUUUGAUGAGAAGGCAGUCAUUGGUGUUGGUGGAUUUGGAAAAGUUUAUUUUGGAGAGUUGGAAGAUGGGACUAAGACUGCUAUCAAACGAGGAAAUCCAAGCUCACAGCAAGGCAUAAAUGAGUUCCAGACAGAAAUUCAAAUGCUCUCCAAACUCAGGCAUCGCCAUCUUGUAUCACUCAUCGGCUUCUCUGAUGAACAAUCAGAGAUGAUUCUUGUUUAUGAGUACAUGGCUAAUGGCCCUCUUCGCGAUCACAUUUAUGGCUCGAACUUACCUUCUUUGUCAUGGAAACAAAGGCUAGAAAUUUGCAUUGGUGCAGCUCGUGGGUUACAUUAUCUCCACACUGGUGCAUCACAAGGCAUUAUCCAUCGUGAUGUCAAAACCACAAACAUUCUUCUUGAUGAGAAUUUGGUGGCAAAAGUAUCUGAUUUUGGCCUUUCCAAGGCUGCAUCAAUGGAUCAGGGACAUGUGAGCACAGCUGUAAAGGGUAGCUUCGGAUAUCUUGAUCCUGAGUACUUCAGGAAGCAACAGCUUACUGAGAAAUCUGAUGUGUACUCAUUUGGAGUUGUUCUUUUCGAGGUGUUAUGUGCAAGGCCUGUUAUAAACCCUGCCCUGCCAAGGGAGCAGGUCAGUUUGGCAGAGUGGGCAAUGCAGUGGCACAGAAAAGGAUUGAUUGAGAAGAUUAUUGAUCCAAAAAUUGCAGGGACUAUUAAUGCAGAAUCCCUGAAAAAGUAUGUGGAAGCUGCAGAGAAAUGUUUAGCAGAAUACGGGGUUGACAGGCCUGGAAUGGGAGAUGUGUUAUGGAACUUGGAGUAUGCAUUGCAGCUACAGGAGGCUUCCUGUCAGGCUGAAGCACCAGAUGAUAAGAGUACAAAUCUGAUAGCUUUGGAAAAGCCAGGUAGUAUGAAUCCUGAAGGGGAUUCUGGCAUUACAGCGAGUGAUGAUUCUGAAGUAACUGUUGGUUCUCCUAUGUACUCUCAGAUAGGAACUUUUCAUGGAAGGUAAAAUUAAGAUAUCCAAUCGUAAAGAAACCAGAUCAUCAAUAGCAGUAACACAGUGGCUACUUAUAGCUCUUGAGCUGGAAAAGAUGUUACAGAAUUGUUUGAGCUUCCACUUGUAAUCCCUCUAUAGCGUCCGAACCAAGACAGCACAGAUUGAGGCGAACUCCAUCUUAUCAAACGUAGAAAAUUGGUUCACUCAGGCUUUUAUUGUGUGCAGCAAAGCCAGGUUGUAUUUUCCAGGAUUGACUUUCCUUUUUUCUUUUGGAUUCAAGUUUCUUUUUCAUUUCUAUUGAUGUCAAGUAGUUAAUCUUCUAAGAAGCGUCCAUGAAUAUUGCAAGCAUUCCAGCAAUUAUUCAUUGUGUU